GGCCCGCUCUCGCGGGGAUCCUGUCAGCGCGGCGCGGUGCGGCGGCUGCCGGCGGUGAGUGCCGGGCUGAGGGGAGCGGCCCCGGGGCCUGCAGGCCGCAAACCGCCUCCGAGGCGCGGCCCCGCCGUGAGGAGACUCCGUGCCCGCGGUCGGGCUGUGGGAGGGCGCGGUUCGGGCUGAGGGGAGGGGGCGGCGGGUCCAGCUGCGGCCUUCCUGCGGCGGGGCUGCCUCCAUGCAGCGCCCUCUGAAAUCCUCCCGCAACGUGCUGGGAAACGGAGCUCUGCGGGCUGAGAACCCAACGGGACGCGCUGUGGGGGCGAACUGAGCCCCCCCCCCCUCCUGUGCUGCACCUGCUGGCGCGGCAGAGCGGGCUGACUAAAGGAAACAACGCGCGUUGAGAUCUUCGCUUAUGAACCGGUGAAACUGGAACUCGUUUUCCACGUACGGGGCGUUGACUGUGGGGUGAAGGAACGCGAAGCACCGUUGUCCCAUCGUCACCCCUUGGUGUGCAGUUACCGCCUCCUUCCCUGCAGUAACGGCCCCCCUGUGCGGCCCGGCGUUGCUCUGCUCGGUGCUGCUGCUGCACUUCUUACCUCCGUCCCAGACAAAAUGCUGAGAAGCGUGAAAGGGUUCAUCUGCCGUCCUUUGAAGUUGGACCAUGGGUACGCUCUCCACAUGGCAGCCAAGGAUUGCUUCAGUUCUGUUGUCAGCCAGGAUGUCCAGACCCCAGCAGAAAAACCAAGAGCAAUCUUCUAUACCAACGAGAGCGACCCGGCCCAGCACAGUGAACAGCACGAGGGUCGCCAUUACAGCAUUCCUCUGGAGGAGGUGAAGGCUGUUUUCCCACAUGGGCUGCCCUAUCGUUUCCAGCAGCAGAUUAAGACCUUCCAGGAAGCCUGUGUCAUGGUGCGAAAACCUGCUCUAGAACUUUUCACCUACCUGAAGAACUCCAACUUUGCCCACCCCGUCGUCAGAUAUGUGAUUUAUGGUGAGAGGGGAACUGGGAAAACCAUGACGCUGUGCCACGUGGUUCACUUCUGUGCGCGGCAGGGCUGGCUGGUGCUGCACAUCCCGGAUGCUCAUCUUUGGGUGAAGAACUGCAAGGAGCUCAUGCAGUCCUCCUACAACAAGGAGAGGCUCGAUCAGCCUCUGCAGGCAUCCUUCUGGCUCCGGAACUUCAGAACCACAAAUGAGCACUUCCUAAAGGAGAUAAAAACACAACAAAAAUACGUGUGGGGCAAACGAGACAGCACAGAGCAGGGCAGGCCGCUGGGGGAGGUGGUGGAGCAGGGCUUAACUCGAGUGAAGAACGCCAGCGACGCGGUUGGGGUGGUGCUGAAAGAGAUCAAGCAGCAGUGCUGUCUGGGUUCAUUCAGAGUUCUGGUGGCAGUGGACGGAGUCAAUGCACUCUGGGGAAGGACAACGUUAAAGAAAGAAGACAAAAGCCCUGUUUCUCCAGAGGAGCUGACGUUGGUGUACAACCUAAGGAAGAUGGUGAUGAAUAACUGGAGCGGUGGUGCUGUGGUGACAACGCUCAGCCAGACCGGUUCCCUCUUCAAGCCCAGCUCUGCCCAUCUGCCCCACGAGCUGCUGGGAAAGGAGGGGUUCGAUGCACUGGAUCCCUUUGUCCCCAUCCUCGUGCCCAACUACACAGAGCGUGAGUUCGAGAGCUGCUAUCACUACUACCUGCACUGCCGCUGGCUGCAGCACGAGAAGGCGCGCACGGAGGACGGCAAAGAGGAGCUGCGCUUCCUGAGCGGCUGCAACCCGUGGCAGCUGGAGCGGCUGUCGGCGCCGCUGUAGUGAAUAAAGGCUGUACAGCA